AUGACCAAGGACAGGAAGCCGCCGCCUGCGCGUGAGAUGGCAGCGCCAUCAACGUCAGAAAUGUACGACCACAUCCGCGAUAGCGCGACUUCCAUCAAUGCAAUGGUAUCCUCACGAGAUGUGAUGGCGCAAUCAACAAUCAGGUAUCCCGCCUGGCUGACAGAAGAUGCACCUAAAGCACCCUUUUACCAGCGUUCCAUUGAGCCGCCCGAACGCAUCGACCUCCUCGCGGAAGUCGUCAACAAGAUCCGCUGGAAUGAUGGCAAUGCCCUGCCCAUGAAAGUCGGCGUUCUCUAUGUCCUAGCGAACCAACAUGUCCGACGCCAUAACGUUCUUGCGCGGGAGUUCAGCUAUGUUGAGUUCAAGGCUGUGGUUAGGUGUAUGGUGCUGGACUCUGCUAGGCCUUUCGGGAUUGCGGCGGGGAAGAUUUAUGAGAAUCGUGGAUCUUUGAGCAGGUUGAGUGGAAUUGCAAAGGAUGAAGAGGAGGUGGUGCGGCAGGUUCGGGAGGGGAUGGAGGAGGUUUAUGAGCCGGACGCUGCUCGAAAGGCAAUUAAGAAGGAGCCAGUGAAGAGGAUGGAGAUUGUGAGGCCACGAGGGAGAACUGAUAUCAAGAGAUUGCCUGAGUAUCAUGGAUUCUGGUGA